GAACGGAACGUCAUGCGGCAAUCUGUACAACCGAGUUGCCCUCUCUAUUAAUAGAAAGGACACCGUGUAAAGACGUUUUCUCUUCAUUGGCAAAUUGCUUGAACAAUUUCACCUGCGAAAUAACACGUGGUAAAAGGCCACCUUAUGUCUCUGCCAUGGCCAACCCUUUGAAGACUGAAGUUAUCAGGCUGUACAAAAAUCUGCUGUAUCUCGGCCGUGACUACCCCCAGGGAUCAGCGUACUUCAGACAGCGCCUGAAGUCGGCCUUCAUGAAGAAUAAAGACGUGACGGACCCGGAGAAGAUCAAACAGCUGGUGGCUCGGGGGGAUUUUGUCAUCAAGGAGCUAGAGGCUCUCUAUUUUCUCCGAAAAUACCGAGCCAUGAAGAAGAGGUAUUACGAACCCGAAAAAUAAUGGCGCACACUCAUAACUUAAAGCGGUUUUCCUGAAUUGAAAUGCAAACAGUGAACAUGUGGUAAUAGUAAGAUUUAACAACCUAUCGGGCUCACUAACGCAAGUUUUGACACCUGCUGACUACCAAAAUCCCGACAGCUGCUCUUUUAUAAAGAUCAGCUAAGGUUGCCUCCGACGGGCGAAUAAAAACCUCAUCUCUGGGUGCUACAAAAUGAUCAUUAUGGCCAUCAGUGUGUUUAAGCUUAAGGCCAUCGUUUUCAAUUUCAUAUAGUGUGUGUAGGUUUUCCCCUAAAACGUGUAUUAAGCCUGGUUUGACCCAUUGUCAGAUUUUAGUCCAUUUAAAAUAAACAUUUUAUCAGAUCAGGUAGUCCAGUGUUUACACUGACAUGAUCAGAUUUUAACAUUUGUAAUUGUUGCAAGCACUCUAAUAGAGUGGCUUCUAGAAUGAAAUAUGUGAGUUGUGAAGUUCAGUGUAUAUAUUUGUAAAUAUGUGCUCAUGUUUUUUUUUUUUCUUGAAGUGAAUGUACAUGGGAAUGUAUUUAUGCACUGUUAGAUUAAAAAAAAGCAAACAAAUGUUAUAUAAAUGUACAGAUUUCUUACAGUGAUGUCCUGUGCCAUAAUAAAUAAUAUAAAAACA